AAAUUUAAAUCCUCAAAAAGAACCACAAUUUCUCCAAGAGGGUCUUAGCGCAACGUCAUCGUGGUCCUCUUUCUCUCUCUCUUUUCCCUCAUUUCGAUUUAAGGCCACAUAAAGGCUGGACCAAGGGAAAAUUCUUGGCUGUUUCAUCGCAAUUAUUCCAGCCUUCUUUUCCUCCGAGUUGUGAAGUCGUUGUCUUUUUUCGUUCUGCCAUUUCCCCGCUCUCAACAUGUCAAACCUCAACUCAUGGGAGGACGACCCUGCCGCUCAGGAUGACAACCUCUCACGUCAGGCUCAGCAGAGCCUCAAUCUGAACAACAACAAUCAAGGCGGCGGAUUUCGUCCCAGCGUGAACUCAUUCCAGCCUGGCGCUGCCUCCUUCACCCCUGGACAGUCGUACCAGGCCUACGGUAACUUCGACCCUGCCGCAUAUGCGCAAUACUACGGCCAGGGCUACGGCGCAUACCCUCAAUAUGGUCAAGGCCAAGGUCAAGGUUACGGUCAAUACUACGGUCAGGGUUAUCAAGGUGGCUACGGACAAGGCGCCUACGGAGGACAACAACAACAACAACAGGCUUACCAGCCUCAGACUCAGACUCAGCAGCCCCAGCAACGGCAGACACCCGUGAUUGCAAAGCGCCCUGAAACCGCAUCGCCGCAACCCGAUGGUCAGACAGCUCCGGCGAAGCCUGCCGCAUCUACCGGUGCUCCCGCUCCCAAGGCCAAGGUGUUGUCAAUUGGUGGCGAAUCUGCGGCUCCAAAGCCCAAGGUCCUAUCCAUCGGUUCAACUCCCUCUCCCGCCCCGGCUAAGACACCAUCUGCAGCUCCCCCAACUGCCGCUGCUGCCGCAACCGCCCCGCCGGAGGCUGGCGCCAAGGUUGCUGCUGCCAAGGCCAUUGAAAAGACUGAAGAAGCGCCCGCCACUAGCGGUAGAACGUCGCCUACUCCCUCAAAUGCCGGCAGAUCUUCUAGGGCAGAGCGCAGGCAAGCAGAGCGCGAAGCGGAUGCGGUUGCCAAGGAACAGGCCGCAGAUGUCGACGAGGAGACCCUGGCCGAGAUUUACGGCAAGGAACACGUCAACAUCAUCUUCAUUGGUCACGUCGACGCCGGAAAGUCCACUCUUGGUGGUAGUAUCUUGUACGCAACCGGCAUGGUCGACGAACGGACAAUGGACAAGUACAAGCGCGAGGCCAAGGAGGCUGGUCGAGAGACCUGGUACCUCUCGUGGGCUCUCGACCUGACCAAGGAAGAGCGAGCCAAGGGUAAAACUGUCGAAGUCGGCCGAGGCUUUUUCGAGACUGAGAAGCGCAGAUAUUCUAUUCUGGAUGCUCCUGGUCACAAGACAUAUGUGCCGAACAUGAUUGGCGGCGCUUCUCAGGCCGAUGUCGGUAUCCUAGUCAUUUCUGCCCGUAAGGGUGAAUAUGAAACUGGUUUCGAAAAGGGUGGACAGACCAGAGAGCACGCUGUCUUGGCCAAGACUCAGGGUGUCAACAAGCUUGUCGUUGUUGUGAACAAGAUGGAUGACCCAACCGUCCAGUGGAGCAAAGAGCGGUACGAUGAGUGCACUACCAAACUGGCCCAAUUCUUGAAGUCUGUUGGCUACAACAUCAAGGCUGAUGUCAUGAUCAUGCCCGUCUCCGCUCAGACCUGCGUUGGCAUCAAGGACCGCGUGCCCUCUGACGUCUGCCCCUGGUAUGACGGCCCUUCGCUCUUGGACUACCUUGAUUCGAUGCAGACGCUUGAACGCAAGAUCAAGGCGCCAUUCAUGAUGCCCGUCAGUGCCAAGUACCGUGACAUGGGAACUUGGAUUGAAGGAAAGAUCGAGUCUGGUGUCAUCAAGAAGGGAAUGACCUACCUUUUGAUGCCUAACCGAGACAAGGUCGAUAUCUCGGGCCUGUAUGGAGAAUCUGAAGAUGAAAUCCCUGCUGCCACUUGUGGUGACCAGGUCCGUAUCAAGUUGCGGGGAAUUGAAGAGGAAGACAUCCUUCCUGGUUUCGUUCUUUGCUCGCCAAGACGCCCUGUCCACUGCGUCUCGGCAUUUGAGGCCCAGAUUGUUCUCCUCGAUCUCAAGAGUAUCUUGACUGCUGGUUACAACUGCGUUCUGCACGUGCACUCUGCCAUCGAAGAAGUUACUUUUGCGGCUCUGCUGCACAAGCUUGAGAAGGGUACCGGUAGGAAGAGCAAGAAGCCUCCGUCCUUUGCCUCGAGGGGAAUGAGCAUCAUCGCUCGCCUGGAGGUGACGGGAGCUGCUGGUGCCGUGUGCGUUGAGAGAUUCGAGGACUAUGCUCAGCUGGGACGUUUCACCCUCAGAGACCAGGGUCAAACCAUCGCUAUUGGAAAGAUUACCAAGCUCAUUACCAACUAAAUGUCUUUGAAUCGUUCGCGGAGAGUCUGGAUUGCUAGAAAAGAUGCCAGGCAAUAUUUGGACGAUAACUGAUUGUUUAUGGUGCAUUGCAUUUGAGACUGUUCGAUGUUGAAUAAAGACGUGCAAAAAUUAGAUCAUCUUGCUCCUUUUGGUUACAUUAUUGCUGAAUGUCAAAAUAUGGUGCAUAUCAAGUCCAAGCAACCGCAUAUGAUGCUAUCGUUAUUGCUGGUCUAUUCAUUACAUGUGUGAUGUUCAAACUAAGCAACUGGAACGGUGCUGGUAGGCGACUUUGAAAAUGUAUAUUCAUGCUAGGUAUCAUUUGUAUCAUGUAUGUCAUUCAGUCAUCAGAUUCAUAAUCCACCAGCGCAAUGGCAGAUGGCCCCGA